GGUACCUUACAUCUCAUCCUCCAUCAAAGCGUAUACAAGUGAAGAAUUCUUCUUUGUAAUCCUUUGUUUUCUUACAAACACGAGCCCUCUAAUACCACCCUUGUUAAGACUCUAGUGCCAAUUUUCUGCAAGGCAUUUCUGUGUUGCCAUCAGAACGGCCCCCCCGAGUCCGGCGGCCAUACGCAAGAUGUAGCGAUACCAAUAACUAGACAAAGACGUACAGGGUUACCUACGAUAUGACGAAGUGUGUAACCUCGAAUCCAUCGACUAAGCUCCCAUGGAUGUACACGGAUUUGUAUGCUUGUACCGAUGGAGCUGACGGUAUCGCGGCCUUGAUCAUCAUUGUGCCAGCGAGCAAGCCACUGUCUUGCCGUGGGGGAGACAAGACCUCCACAUCUUCCUCGAAGUUAACUGUCCCGUUGAACCUUUCGCUGACCUGUUUCUUAAGAUAAUUUCUCACGUAAUGAUAUCGGUUGUCGUACCGCGAUUCUUGUCCUCCUAACGAACCUGCCCCCCCUCUUUCAGACCUGUCAAAUGACUGUAUGCAUCCAGUGCUUGGCCACUCAUCUAUAUCCUUGUAUCCUUCAUUGAAAACAGAUCGAAUCCUGGAGCCUUUGACUCUUUUGAAACUACAACCAAGAACAAAAUGUGGAAUAACCAGGGUAAAGAGUCGCAGAUGUGGUCUACACACGACUUAGCUUGUGCGCACUGCCGAGCACGGAAAAUUAGAUGUGGAAGAGAACGGCCGCAGUGUGAAAGUUGCAAGCGAGACGGUGUUGAAUGUCGAUACUCGUCUCCUGGCAAGCGCGUCAAUCAUGUCAAACUCUUAUGUCAAAACUUUGAGACGCUCGAAGGCCAACUGCACAGCAUCCAAAAUGAUCUCUCAGACUUGACAUCACUUGUCAAAGGUGGGAGUAGUGUAAGAUCCUUAUCCCUUCCUGCUAAGGAAUGGAUGCCCGAGAACCAUUCUAGGGCGGAUUCGACGUCAACCCCUCACACAAACCGUCAUAUUGUCAGAAACACAUCACAAUCACUUGAUCGUUAUCAUGGACCAUGCUCCCUUUAUGCCCUUUGCAAGGAAUUUAGCGACCACCCAUUAUUUUCUGUUUCGGGGAACAAUAACUCUGGGGAAAAUGCUGUUUCUGAGCAUAUGAUGUUGCAAGAGAUGCUCAAUGAGGCAAGUAACGAGCCUCACUUAGACAUGCUGUCUCAUCCUGUCGGUAUAUGUCUUCCACCUCGACAGUUUCUCAACCUUGUCAUCGGUCCUUUCUUCAAGAAUGUCGAUUAUACAACUGAUGUCUUUGUGCGAUCCAAUUUCCAACCCCACGUCGACCGAAUUUAUUCACAACCUAUUGGGCCUGCAGAUGAAGGCUGGGCUGUCUGUUUCAAUGUGAUUGUACUUCUCGGCAUCAAGAAAGAACCCACGAUUCAGGGCAACAGCCACUUUGUCCAAACACUUCUGCAGACAUUGAAAAUGGCUGUUAAUAAUCCUCGAGUAUUCUUAACGCCAAGGCUCAUUAAUGUCCAAGUACUUGCUCUUUUGAGUUACGUGGCCGAGCAGUACAGCACGACUUCGUUUGCAGAACUCGUCUUCGCCCAAGCUUGUCUGCUGGCUCGCACCAUGGGCCUUCAUCAAAGCAAUGCAUCUUCCGAUGGCCUCCCACCCGAGGAUAUAUUGGAACGACACAAAGUUUUUAGAUCAUUAUAUAUCAGAGAUAAAAAUAUCGCAAUAUUCCGUGGGUCCACAGCCUGGCUACCAGGUUAUGAUUCCGGCAUCCCCCCUUCCUUUGACGAAGCCGGAACAGGAACGCCCGAUUUAUUAGCCCGCCUAGAGCUUGCGAAACUUCAGGAUGAAAUUUACCAGGCUUUCCAUGCGGCCGGUGCACCCAACUUACAUCAUUCGAGACACCACCAGGUACUGGCACAGUUACAACAAAGACUGGAACAGUGGUCUUCGACUCAUAGCAUCAUGCAGAGGGUUUUGACGUCCACUGAAACGUUUUCUCUCAUGUUAUCUUUCUUCGCAACCAGGAUCUGUUUAAGCAAAGAUAAUGGUGACAUGAGAUCUACCCAGCCGUUCAGGGAUGCCAAAGCAUGCUGUCUUAUCUUCUUACUGGCCACAGCUGCAAAGCCAGAUGUGCGCCUUUCUGAGACUUUGAAAGAGAUACUAGGCCAGCACAAAUCCCUCGACCAACCUAGCUCCAGAAAGACGAAAAGAAAUUCUCGAAAUCAACCUGCUUUGUCUGAAAAUGAUGAGUCUGCGGUCUCAUCGCUUCCUCGGUUGGCUGCAACUUUCCCACUAGCGGCGGCUUUCAUCGUUGCUAAAGAUACCUUGUUGCAGCCAAUAGGAGAAGUGGAUGGCACCCCCGGUCGGCCAGAAGAGGAAAUAACAAUUUUGGAAGCUCUUCGGGAUCGAUUUGCAACGGCUGCCGAGCAUGCCCAUGUUGACAACCUCGCAUUAGGUUUCAGUAGGAUCCUGGGUCUAUUGAUUAGAGUUGUGCGCCAGAAACGAUGGCCUGGAGCAAACAACACCCCUUCUUUAGCCUUCAACGACCUGCCAAGCCUGCAUUCAACAAGAUCAUCCAGCUCUUUACAGGAAAGUGUGGUGAGCUCUUUUAGAGACACACCCCCAGGUCCCGAGAACUUUUCAACAGUUAGUUCUAUCAGUGAAGCCGUAUCAAAUUCUUCUCUUCUCUUGCCAUUUACUCAGCCAUUAGAGAACCCGGCCAGCGGCUCACUGUGGUUUACAAACGUGGGUCAAAGCACCGGACUAAAUAACACCCCAGUCUUAAUGUCCUGGCCUGUUCAACAUAAGCGGCAGUCUGAGGAAGCGGACCAUCUGACCAAGAGACCAAGGAUGUCCUGCCAAGAGGAAUACCUGGAUAUUCCUGCAGUGUAUCAUGAUCAUGGUUCACGAACUGAAGAUGACUCUUUAUUUACGUUCGACUUUCUAAACACAGGAGCGGAUAUUUCUGUUUUCGAUAUGGAAGAUUAGCCGUUACUCAAUCUCUGUUUCUGUUUAGGGGGAUCUAUUGGUUUCUCUGCUAUUUUAGGGCAAUAUAUCGGACUUGGCUCUUCUCCCCCUUGCUCUUGAACCGGGGUUUCAGUAGAAUAUAUACGAAACAAGUGUAUAAUGCACUACUUGGAGUGGCAGUCGGUGC